AUGCCUCCGAAGUUCGACCCCAACCAGGAGAUCACCGUCAUUGUGCGCGCGGUCGGCGGCGAGGUGCCCGCCACGGCGUCGCUCGCACCGAAGGUCGGUCCGCUCGGUCUGAACGCCAAGAAGAUCGGCGAGGACAUCGCCAAGUCGACGAAGGACUGGAAGGGUCUCAAGGUAACGUGCGAGCUGCGCGUCAAGAACCGUGUGGCGUCGGUGGUCGUCACGCCGUCCGUCGCGUCGCGUCUGAUCCGCGCGCUGAAGGAGCCGCCGCGCGACCGCAAGAAGGUGAAGAACAUCAAGCACAACGGCAAUAUCCCCUUCUCGGAGGUCCUCAAGAUCGCGAAGGAGGCGGCGCCCAACUCGAUGGGUGCGAACAUGAAGUCUGUCGUGAUGGAGGUUCUUGGCACGGCCGUCUCUGUCGGCUGCACGAUCGACGGCGAGAGCCCGCAGGCGAUGCAGGACAAGGUCCGCGAGGGCAAGGUGAAGGUUCCCAACUAG